UGCACGCGUGGAAUUAAUGACGCAGUGUAGUGUCAUUGAUGUAGAGAGGGGGUGACCUCGUGCUUUAAAAUUGUUCUCGUGAAAGAUUAGAAAUCACAGAUCGGCUAGAACAUAAACCAAGAGCAAGCAGAGAACGGUAAUGAUGAAGACCUCUCAGUGCCAAACCAGAGUCUCUCAGAGCGGCAGCGCGAGCUACGUGAGCGUUCUCAGCACCAGCGCAAUGAACACGCUCAGCAGCACGAGCCUCACGCUCCUUGUUCUCCUCAUCUCAGCGAACCCAGUCUGCAAAAGUGUUCCAAUACAACAGCAGAGAGCAAAUAUAUUCCAGGACCAGCUUCUCAACCAGCUUGAAGAUGUGUGCUCAUCCUACUUUUCUGCAGACCUGCCAUUUCGGACACCUGAUGUUUUGGGAGAACUCUGUGUGUUAAUCCUUGUACAGAAGUCUAAGGACAUGAAAGUGCGGGACAAUCCUAGUAAAAGGUUUUUAUUUCAUUAUGCUAAGCAACAAGGUGCUGGCCUAACAGAGGGGGCGUCCCCUGUGAUGCAUCCUCUCCUGCAGCUAGUUCCUCAACUCAAUACCAGACGAGAGAGAGGAGAGGAGUUUGUGGUCCGCGAUGAUCUCCAGGGACCUGAGGGAAUUCAGAGCAGAGGAUACUUCUUAUAUCGGCCAAGAAAUGGAAGAAGAUCCCUAGAAUUUGAUUAAAUGUAAGGUAUGGGGUAUUGAACAGCCACAACCUUCAUAGAGUGGUCCAGACCUCUGCCACAACCCCUUAAUGAUCAUUGUACAGUGAUGUUGAAUGUACACAAUGAAAUGAAAGAAUCCAAAUAAAAUAGUCUUUGUUGGUCCAAAAGUCUUA